AAUGUUCCCACAUAUCUUUGUUUGCUACCAUGUCUUUAGAGGCAAAUGUCAGUUGGGUUGGUCGUUUAGCUUUAGCUGUUGGAGCAACAGAACCUGCUCUACGUUUGUUGCUAUCUGUUCUUAUUGGCUAUCCAUUGGCUGUUGUUCAUCGACAGUUACUUUAUUGCAAGUCGCCACCACUUCAGCAUAUCUUCUUUAUGCUGUGUGGACUUGGAAUAGGAUAUUUCAAUUAUGGUUUAGAAGUUUUACAUUCUGUGGCAUGUGUAGUUAUCUUGUAUCUAAACCUACUUCUUAUUGGCGGAACAGUCUUGUCAGUUAUUUUGUCUCUUUCAUUCUUCAUGGGAUACCUCCUGAUUGGCUAUUAUUAUACUGGGACUCAAGACUACGACAUCAAGUGGACCAUGCCUCAUUGUGUGCUAACAUUACGUUUGAUUGGAGUUUCUUAUGACGUAUAUGAUGGAAGAAAAACACUGAACAAACUAUCGCAUGAUCAAAAGAAAACAGCACUAGUCAAAGCUCCUUCUCUUCUUGAGAUAGGAGGCCACACAUACUUUUUUGGAGGCUUUUUAGUUGGUCCACAGUUUUCAAUGAGGAGGUAUAUGGAUUUUGUUGGUGGCGUGUUUGCAGACAAAGAAGGUCGAAAGAAGCCAGCUUGUAUUUUACCUGCUUUAUCUCGCCUGGCUCUUGGACUAGUUAUACUUGGAAUCUUUCAGAUAGGAACACUUUUCAUUCCUGAACGAUAUAUACUUAGUAUUUCAUUUGAGCAAGAAGUUUUCUGGAAGAAGUUGUUAUUAACGGCCUUAUGGGGAAAAAUAGUUCUUUAUAAAUAUAUAGCCUGUUGGCUUCUUUCAGAAGGCAGCUGUACUAUGACUGGGCUGACAUACAAUGGGCAAGACAAGAAUGGCAACGACCUUUGGGAUGGCUGCUGCAAUGUUAGAAUUUGGGAUUAUGAGAAAGCCUCUACCUUCAGUGGCUUGAUUAAAACAUUUAAUAUUAACACCAACCUUUGGAUGGCUCAGUAUGUGUUCAAACGUUUGAAAUUCCUUGGGAACAAAUUAUUCUCACAGGCAGUUACCCUGCUGUUUCUAGCACUAUGGCAUGGACUUCACACUGGCUAUUACAUAUGCUUCCUUAAUGAAUUUAUAGUCAUGAAGGUUGAAAGAGAUGUGACUACUUUUGUGGACAUGAUCCCAGCUGUAAAAACUUCCUUGAGCUCAAGUGUCUUACAGAUGCCAGUUUAUCUUCUAAAAAAGAUUUAUUUGCUUUUUGCCAUGAGUUACUGCUUAUUGCCUUUUGUACUUUUAUCAACAUCAAGAUGGUUAAAGGUGUAUUCCUCACUUUACUUUGUCUGCCACAUUAUAUAUUUAAUGUGGCAUGUCAUUUACAUGAUUACGAAGAAAAUGAGGUUGGUACCAAGAGUUAAACCAGAAACACUGAAGAAUGAUUAGUUAAACAUAUUCUUCAACAUUCUUUGCUACAUACAUUUCCCAACAAAAAGGUUAAAACACAGUUUUAUUGUAGUUCUUACAGUGUUAAUUAUUGAGCUUAUGAAAAUGUGUCAUUGCACCCACUUCAAGGUGAAUGGUAUUCAUUGAUUUUGAAACCAGUCAUUCUGAUAAUAAUUUAACAGAACAUUUACUCUUAAAAAGUUUUCACUGUUUUUAUGAUCAAAGCAUUUUAACUUUAAAAUAGUGGAGAAAUAAAGAUCUUUCUGAGAAAGAAUAAAAUAUAAAGUAUUCACAUGUGUAAAAUGAAAUGAAGGCAGUUCAAAGACAUCCAUGCUGGUAUGAAAAAGAUUAAGUACCAAUCUCCUUUGUAAAAUGAAGUUUUUGUUAGAAUCCUAAAAAUAAUGCAUUUAAACAGGUCUUUUAGUGCAGAAGAUGUGUACUCGUAAGAUUUGUAUAUAUUUAGAGUAUUUUAUCUUGAUAUGUAUUUAAUUUUGGCCUUUACUCGCCAGAAAAUAUUUUCAGCUCUUCUCUUUACUAGUGGUUUUAUUUGGAUAAGCAGAAUUAUUUGACAGUUAGUAAGUUAAGUCCUUGUAGGGAACUCAUCUGGUAAUGAAAAACAUAAUGCUUUUUCAAACAGCUCAGUAGACAUAACACUGUGUGGUGUUUUGAAUUAGUAUAAAGUGGAAAAAAAAUAUUAGAAAUAUAAUGUGGCUAUUUCUUCUAAAGUACAUUGGUGACAUUAUAAAACAGCUUGUUGCUUAGUACUGAUCCAGUUUCUAUCUCUCACUGUUUGAUCUGCAUGUAAUUAAAAAUUGCACUCUAGUAGAUUCCUAGAUAUGGUUGAACUAUAGUUGGAACACUAUCAUGAUUUUAUAGAGUAUAACAUUAUUUGAGGUUUUUAGACAUAGGAAUAGAUAGAUACAUUUGAUGUGAUUUCUUUGUGUUUUCAAAGCAAAGGUGUUUGAUUAAUCUUUAAGUUUCUCUAAAAGCUUUGCAUAUUUCCCACACAAUAUUAGGCAUUUAAUUAAGUUGCUUCUAUGCGUGUUUCAAAGGGUUACUUUAUAAAAAGUAGUAGGUAAUUGUUUUGUUUUAAUUAUUGCUUUAAUCCUUUCAUUGAAAGCUAUCUGAAAGGGGUGUGUACUCAGGCUAAGAAACAACAUGGAUGUGAAUGCAGUGAUGUAUGCAAACUUCUACAUGUGUGCAAGGGAGGGGUGUUUCCAGGAUAAGUGUAAUGUAGUACAUACAAGAAAAAAUAUCUUGCAUUCUACGCUUGCAUGUAUUUUGCCUUCUGCUAAAGUAAUUUACAUAAUCCUUAUGUAAGUGAAGUUGCUUGUAAAUUCAGCUUUCAAGUAAAAAAAUAUAUACAAAACAAAGGUUAUUGUAAGGGGUAGGAGCCCAGACCCUUUACACCCCCCCCCUCAAAAAAAAAAUUAACCACCAUGUGAAGGAAAAGAUUUUGUUUGUUAGUGAAGGAAUCCAUGUUUUUUAUGUUCAAACUUACAAGUACCAGCAUUUUGUUUGAAUUAUUCUCCUUACAAACUUCAUACAAUUUUUUGCAAUAACCACUUGUUUCCUAGACGUAAUUUCACUGCAAUAUUUAAAGGAACAAACCAAAAAAUUAGUUAUAUUCUUCUGAAUUGCUGUUGUGAAAGUGACAACUUUACAAGUUUUGUUUUGAAGAUACUACCUCAUAGGCAUUACUGAAAGUCAUUCAUCUUCAAACAAUGAUGACUUUAGACACUGUAGAGCCCUAAGGAAUAUACAAAGUGAGAAGCCUCUCAUGGUAUUCUUAGAAACAACAACAACAAUGUGAUGGAAAUUGUACAAUAUAACAGUGUGAUUUGUUUGUUAAUGAGUCAGCUAUAUGAUUUUGGGGUUUUCCAGCUUCAUUUUUAAGAAUCAUUCAUUAAAAUAUUAUAUGCAGGCCCCUCCCCCCAAUAGUGAGAUACCCUAGGCAGCAUCCUUCAGAUGAAGCAGAAAUAUAGAAUUAAUAUAUACUCCAAAAUACUCAACCAUUUAAAAUGUUUGUUACUGUAGGCAUAUACUCAUCUGUGCCAACAAUUCUUCUGAAAAUAAAUAUAACAAGUAAUGAUAUAACAAGGGUUUACACUACUAAAAUAUGGGUUUUGAUGCCCUUGGUGGGCACAUCACAGAUAACCCUACGUGUAGCUUUGUGCUUAAAAACAAACAAAACAAAGAUUUAUUUUGAG